GUGAAGUGCUGCACAUUUGUUGUAGACUCGUAUAUUCUACAUUGGAAAGUGCUAAAACAUAUCAGAAAAUUGAGAUACAUUAAGGAGUAUUCGCACUUCAACACUGAGAAACUUAGUUGAGUUGCGUGAAUCAUGAAAGUGGAAGUGUACUGCUUAUGUCCGCUGCUGUGGAUCCUGCUUGCCGUGGAUGUGAGCGGCCACGGACGCCUACUGGUGCCGCCCGGCCGCUCCUCCGCCUGGAGGGAGCGCUUUCCUGUACCGCCUAACUAUGAUGACAACGGGUUAAAUUGCGGCGGACGCGGGUAUCAGUUCUCGGUAUUGGCGAACGGACGCUGCGGGGUUUGCGGGGACCGUUUUGAAGGCCCCUUCAACAACGAGGCUGGUGGCAUAUACGCCAAGGGGGUCAUCGUCCGCAACUACGCUCAGGAACAAAUCAUACGCGUCACUAUUGAAAUAACGAUAAAUCAUGGUGGCUAUUCGGAGUUUCGUCUCUGUCCUAACAAUGACGUCACCAAGCGCGUGACGCAACAGUGUCUCGACAAAUAUCUGCUGGCAAUGCCGUCGGGACAGACCCGCUACAUACACCCGCAGAAGGGGUCACUUUAUGGCAACGGACGGAAGGACAUUGACCUGGUCCUACCCCGGGGUCUUACCUGCACCCAGUGCGUACUUCAGUGGAAGUGGACGACAAAUUCGAACAACAACUGUGGCUUUUACCAGCCCGAGUGUUGUAAUGUAACGAACGUUGGAUGUGGCGAUCAAGAACACUUCUUAGCGUGCUCUGACGUGUCAGUGGGUCCAGGUUCUUCCAAGCCGGUAACGUUUACACCAGCACCAUACGUUCAUACCGUGACAACACGCGCACCCGUCGUUACCUCGAGAACGCCGCCACCUUCCUGGACAAUACCUGGCGGAUUCGUGCCAAUAGGACUCGGGGGUGCACCUCCGCAGAACAAGCCACCGUGUGAGGCGACUGCACUGGGAAGAAGUAUGUACGGACAGGUGAACGCGGACAGGAUGUGUAGCCAGCAAUGCCACAGGAACCAGGGAGGUCCUUGUCCUGUCACUAUGUGUGCUGACUCGUGUAGGGACAGGAAAUAACAUUCCAAAAUUAUGAACACCAGUUUAUUGGCCCGAACAAUAUGUGCAUUUUAAUUUUUAUUUGGCAGUCACACAUGUAACAAAACGUUUUAAAAUAAGUUUAUGUAUUAAACAGUGUCCGAUCAAGCAUAAAGGUGUCUAACGGUUUAAUAUAAUACGCAGUGCAUUUUUGAACAUUAUACCAGCAAUUAGUGUAUUUAAGAUUCAUUCAUAUAAUUAUGCUGCACUUUGAGUUAUACGGUGUUGCGCUAUAUUUCCCGGUUCAUUAAUCGGUUAUCUACUAUGAUCCGUCUUCUUUUUGCGUUGAAAUAAAAGCAUUGGUUCACAGCCA